GUCUCAUCACAUCUCUCCUUCAAUCCCCUUUGUCCACUCAAUUUGCUGACACCGCUGCAACCGCUCAGUGCUUCUCCCCACUCAGCGGCCGGCCACCCCACCCCACCCACCUGACUCCCUCACCGUUACACACCACCACCCACCCAAUCACCUCCGCCCCUGCUUCCUGCGCGUCUGCCAUGCCCAAGACGUCGGUGUCAAGAACUUCCAUCUGGUGCUUGUCCUUGUCAUCCGGAGCGCCUGGAGCUGGGCGCACGUCUGCCAUGGUUCAUCCUGUUGACUUGGCUGCUGUCUCCCCCGUCACGUCCACCAUGGUGCCUCCUGUUGACUUGGGCUGCUGGGGCGCCCCUUCGCCCCUCCCUGCCCCGAUGCACCAAUCACGGGCAACAACACAAGCAUCAACUGAGAUUGGCACUGGAGGUGGAGGACUCCACGGCGUCCGCAUCCUGCCUAUGUGGAGCUCGCUGCAGAGAUGCAAGGGGGAGGAGAUGGUCCUCGCCUUCACGGAGUCGCAGCUGCUGUCAGCGACAUUCUGGAAAACCUCCCCGAGCUGUGGCCGCCAGCAACGUACCAGACAUGAUGCUUCCGGAGACCACUCCAUCCCGUCGCUGUCAGCCACGUCCCAAACUUGCAGCUGCCAGAACCAUGUUGAAAGUUCAGACUGAACUAACGGCUGUUGAGAAGCAAGAGACCAAUGGCGGUACAAGAUGGUGAUGCUACCGUGUUGGUCGGCACACACGGCCAGCUCAGCCAUAAACAGCGGCGUCAGCGGGAAGUGCAGCUGCAAGCUGUUGUAGCUGGCAUGGACAAGAAAGAAGACAAGAUUGUUGGUAGCUGUGUGAGUUUAGUGUAUCGCUGCACUACAGCUUCCUAUCAGUUUAGUUAACGCAGCCGAAAGAGUAGCAGGCAGCGGUGUCCUCAGCAACACACUGGUAGUUGAAAUGGUAUCCACCAGUAUGACGACGGCCAUCUCGUAGAUCGCUCCCACCACAUAUCUCCCUCAAACCCCUUUCUCCACUCAAUUUGCUAACAUUGCCGCAGCCGCUUGGUGCUGCUCACCUCACCUCGCCACUCAGCGGCCGACCACCCCACCACACCCACCCAACUCCCUCGCCGUCAGACACCCCCACCGACCCAAUCCCCUCCACCCGCCAUGCCCAAGACGUUGGCGUCAAGAACGUCUGCCUUGUGCUAGUCCUCGCCAUCCGGAGCACAUGGAGCUGGG